UCUUCCACUCAGAAUCAGGGUCUGCUGUACAACAUAAACUAAAUUCAAAUAUUGUGCCAUACAUACAAUCCCAUUCUCUGCCUCCUGGUGGAAUAAAGAACUCUGUUAAUUUCAAAGAUCAUGUUCACAUGUCUUCUACUUCUUCUGGUGUUUCUGUAUCGCCUUCAGUUCCUGGUCCACCAGCUCCCACUUCAGAUAGUAUUAAUGAUACAAAAAGCCAUCCUACCUCAAGCUGGUCACAUCAGAGGUUUUCUGUUAGCAAGACUUCAACAUCUGCUACUGUAACUGAUUCAUCUCUCAUUCCGGCAACAACUUCUACCUCUGGCCAUCCUCUGGAAUAUAUCCUUUCACCUUCUCCCCAAACCAGAGAAGUUAACAGAGCAUAUGCAAAAGUGGAAGAUGCUCUUGUGCAUGAUUUUGGAACGUUAUUACCUUCAUUGAAUGACAGUUAUACUACUUUAAAUACAUCAAAAGCUCCAGAGUUGAGUGUUCCUUCAACAAGCCACUCUGAUUUUGUAUACCAGUUAGCAGAUGUUGGAAAACUUCCAUUUGAAAAAAGGGAACAUGCUGGGGAGACUGAUUAUGAAUUGCAAAUCUUAACAGAAUGCUCUUUAAAUGGUCUCAACAACACCAAUGGCUCCAUUUAUGUUGCCGAUGAGGACUUCUGCCUGCAGUGUGAAUGUUUGAGAUCAGAGAUCUACUGUAGAGCUGAAACACAUUUGUCCACAGGAUUGUGCUGUCAGGGCUGUCACCACCUCUUCAGAGACCCCUGUUCUAAGGAAAACAAUCAGAUUUAUUCAGAGCAGGAUGAGGUUCAGGAGAUUUGUAAAUGUCAGAACGUCUUUCUACAGUGCCGUACCUGCUCCUCCAACCCUGACUGCACCACACAGGACACGUCACAGAGAUCAGAGUCAGAGCACAAACAAAAGCCUCAAAUGAGCUUAGUUCGGCUAGUAAUUAAGGGCAUGUUGAACCUUUGGGAUGAAAUUUCCAGUCCUUGAGGACAUCAAGCUCAGGAUCAGGGGGAGAGAAGAUAUCAGAACUGUUACCAUCUUGUAAUUCCAGCUUCUUGAAGCUUUCUAGGCACUUAUAUGCGAUCCUCGACAGAGUCAGAAAGGUUUCAGAAAAUCAUGGCACAGUUCAACAUGAAGUCUCCUUUCCUCUCUACAAAGCCCAGUCAUCAACAGGCAUCCCAUAUUAAAAUUCAACUAAAGCUAUCCUUCUCUCCAAAGCAAGACUGUUUACUUUAAAGAUAAAUGACUAUAAUGUGUUUUUGUUUGACAAAUUUAUGAGCUAUACUGGAUAAAGAGCUACAUAAUUACCCCUAUGCUGCUUGGUGAGAAGCUACACUCACAACUAAAAUCCAACUGCAAAGUUUUGCCGAGAGUGCAAAUUACAAUCACCAGUGGACCAUCAAAAGCCAAAGCUGGUAUCUCCAUUGGAAAGCCAAGUUACCGCUAUCUAAUGCUAACAUAUCAUGCCACAACUGUACUAUACAACUACUAUGCUAUGGGAUACUGGAUACUAGAUUAAAAACUUGCUCUACCCUUUUACUGCCGAGUUCCAAUGGACAAUGAAAAAUUCCAACACUGUCAGAUUAACCACUAAAAGGACCCUCAGGUUAAGUUACAUACAUCAAGCAUAUGAACAAUUUGUAUACCUACUACAAUGUACAAGAAA